UCCUUCGCUCCACCUCUUCGCGGCUUCCGAAAAUGGCCGCCAUAGGGAACGUUCGCUGCCUCAAGUGAGCGACAUCGCGUGCGAAUAUGUGUGAUUCAGAUACGUUUUUCUUCAUCACCAGAACAAACCAUGAAGUGCAAGGUGACAAGCUCGGUCAGCCAUGCUAAGCCAAACAAAAAUGAAGCCAAUAUGCUGCGUAGAUCCUCUAGACGAGCAACCAUUGAGAGAAGAGUUUGGGCUGUUCCAAAGAAGCCCAGCAAACCUGGCACAAGUGCCAAAGGAAAGUGUGCUCCAAAGAGUGACAAGAAAGGUAGAAAGUUAAGAAUGUGAGCAAGGGUCACCCUCAGCAAAACAUCAAGAGAGUGCAUAGUGCCACAGAGGAAUCUGGAAAUUCCAGGAGAAAGAUUAAGAAAACAGAGGGCACAAAAGAUGUUGGAACUGAUGGAAGUGGCACAAGUGAAGUGCCUUCAGAACCUGUAAGUAAAAGAGGAAAGAAGUUAAGUGGAGACCACAGUGAGAAGAACCUUGAAAGUGAUGAUGGGGCAGACUUUCGCUCCCAGAAAAGAUGGGGUUAUACAGAAAGUAGCUUGGAUGGUCAAAGUGUAGACACAACACGAAACACCAGGUCUGAAGGGAAAUUGAAUACCUCUAGAAGGACAGAGUGGUGUGGGGGUACUUCGUCAGAGAGUACUAGAGGGAAUAGUUUAGAUGCUCUGUGUUAUGCUGUUGAGAAAUAUGGUGGGCGAGAUGUGGAGGAAACAUUGUUAACAGAUGAUGUUUGUCUUCACAAAGUUGUCAUUGAAGAAGUAGUAACUGACUACAGGAUAUCCGAAUCAAACUGUGAUGUUAAAGAUUUGGAUGUUGAACACAAAGUCAGGGAGGAUAUUGGUCACAAAGAUGAGUACAGAGAUGCUGUGGAUAUAUUAGACCAUUUUCAAAGUAAAACAGGAGAAUGUAAUAAAGGAAAUAGUGAGAAGUUAUUAAUGAAAAAAGAUGAGAGUAUAGAUGUAGUGAAAGUUAAGUCCCCUGUUUUGGAGGUGAAGGAAAAUUCUUCAGAUGGGGCAAGUAUAGAAAGCAUAUUUGGUGAAGGGGUGCAUGAAGUGAAAGACACGCUUGUUAAAGAUGAGCUGAAUGAAGGGGAGAGUUAUGCAUCAGCCCAAGAUGGGUUUGAGUAAUGUGAAGGACCUUAGUUGCAUUGAGGAUAGGUUACAAAGACAAGAAAAGCCUUGUAUUGUUAGAGAUAAAUUGCAAGAAGGGAGAAGCAGUACUGUUAAAGAUGUGAAAAGUGAAGGGAAGAACUUGUGCUCUUCAAUAGAUGAACUUUGUGAAGAUCAUUCUUGUGAUGACAAACUGGAUGAAAGCAUUUCGAGAGUUAAGGAAUUGGCAAAGGAUCAGUGUGCUUCUGUAAAAGUGAAAUUAGGGAAGCAUGGGAAAGAAGCAAAGGAAAAACAGAGUGAAAACACAUGCAAUAUUGAUGUUAAUGAAGAAAAGAAGAGAAUAAAAGAUGGCACUGAUAGUGAAAACACAGAGGAGCAAGAGAGUGACAGUGGUGUGGAAGAUAAGACUGCAUCCAACAUUCCCUUCAAAAAUGAAGGUAUGGUGGUGGUUCCAGCAAACACAGAGACUGCAGCAGGGGAAGAUUCUGAAGAAGAUCAUGUAUCGCUGGCUCUGGCUCUGGCACAGCUGGUCAAUUCAGAAUGUGGGGGAGAAGUUGAAGGUGCUGAGACUGUCACCAUACAUUCUGCCUCAUCUGUAGAUCACUUAGAAGAUGAAGCUGGAGUUGUUACCCUUGGAUGUAAAGCAGAAG